AUGUUUCCUUUCGAUGUGACCGCCAUGCCCACGCUGCCAACGCGCAAGGGUCUGUUGGUGAUCGACUUCAACAACGAUUUCAUGUCUGCCGACGGCGCCCUACCAGUCACAAACGGCAACGAACUGGUCACGCGUACCCUGGAGCUGGUUGAGGCCUUUCGCAAAGUCGGCGACAUUAUCUGGGUGCGCAGCGAAUUCGACACGUAUCGCCUUGCCUCGGGGGAACAGAUCUGGGCUACAGACACAAUCCCAAAGCCGAAGAUUCUCGAGUCCCGUGCUAGAAGAAGGAUCGGAGGCACAUCUAAGCAAGCGCCUGAAGAGACUUUCGAUGCCGACCCGGAGGCUUUCCUUAGCCAGCCUGGACCCAAAGUCGUUCGUCCUGGCACGCCUGGUGCCGAUUACCCCACCGCCGUCAAGGAAGCUAUCGGCAAGAGGGAUAUCAACUUGACCAAGUCACAUUACUCGGUCUUUUCCUCUGGCCAGCUGAUCCAAAUGAUGCGCGUCAAGUUCGUCCACGAGCUUUACAUUUGCGGAUCACUCACCAAUAUUGGCGUCCACGCCUCAGCAAUGGAUGCCGCCACGUUCGGCUACUCUAUCACCUUGGUCGAAGACUGCUGUGGUUUCCGCUCCGACGUGCGUCAUAACGCUUCUUUAAGCAAGCUCCUCGAAGUAACGGGCUGCGAGGUGAUGGAUAGUGAGGCUGUCAUAAAAAAAAUAAAGCCCAAAUCCGAGUCAAAGCCGGCGGCCCCGUCAUCACCCGUCGUGCCCAAGAGAAUUGCGGAAGCCAGUGGUGGUAAAACGCCGCCAUCGGCUGAUUCAUACAAGACGAAACUAGAAGAGCAGUUGGCCAAUCUUUCUAUCAAAAAUUCAAAGUCCUCGGCAAGCAAGCCUCCCAUCUCACGCCCACGUCGAGACUUGUCAGGUCCGGGCUGUGCAACCGCCUCCGAUGUUUUGGAGGUUGAUGAGGACGCUGGCUCAAAAGCAUCUUCCACGUCCGACAUCGAACUGGAGCCAGACUCGAGCCCGGAGUUGAAGCCAGAACCAGCCAAGAAGCCCGCUGCCAUGGACGACAUAAUCGAGGUCGAUGACUCGCCCCACGCUACCGAACCUCUGUGCGAGGGUGACACCCUCGUCAUUCACAACAUCCUUCCUUCUACCUUGGCCCGGGGAAUCUUUGAGAAGGUGAGAGACGAGGUCUCCUGGCAAAGAAUGUCCCACCAGGGCGGCGAGGUCCCUCGACUGGUCGCGGUCCAAGGCGAGGUAGCCGACGACGGAAGCAUGCCCGUAUACCGGCAUCCGUCAGACGAAUCACCUCCCCUCUUCCCCUUCACUCCCACAGUACAGAAAAUCAAGGCAGAGGUCGAAAAGGAGCUCGGGCACCCGCUGAAUCACGUCUUGAUUCAGUUCUACCGCAGCGGCACCGACUACAUCUCCGAGCACAGCGACAAGACCCUGGAUAUUGUCAAGGGAUCGUACAUUGCCAACGUCAGCUUGGGUGCGGAGCGCACAAUGGUGUUCAGGACCAAGAGGCGGGACAAGGACCCGUUCGGCCCCGCAACAUCAUCGGGCGAGGCCUCUCUGCAGCGACAAGCUUGUCGCGCAAAGCUGCCACACAACUCACUCUGCCGCCUAGGCCUGGCGACGAACGGUCGAUGGCUGCACGCCAUUCGCCAGGACAAGAGGAUGGACCGAGACAAGACGCCUCCCGAAUUGGCUUUCGACGGGGGACGCAUCUCCCUCACCUUUAGACAGAUUGGUACCUUUUUGGACCGAGAUAGCACCCUAAUUUGGGGCCAAGGAGCCACCAGCAAGACCAGAGAGACGGCUCAGGCGGUCAUCAACGGUCAGUGUCCACAGGCUGUAGACAUGGUCCACGCCUUUGGCACCGAGAAUCACUCGUCCGACUUCGACUGGGACAAGUAUUAUGGCAAGGGCUUCGACGUUCUGCACUUGAGCACUUCUCCGCGCCUCUGCGCCUCGGCCGAUCCCGUCAUCAACAUGCGCAUCGCCCUCAUGUUAGCCGAGUACGGCAUCUCGUACGGCAAAGGGAGCAUUUCGCCUUCCUUCAACUGGAAGGAUAGCAAUGCCGGCAGCAAGGACACGACGGCUGUUUCUGCAUCGCUGCCCAUUCGUUUCGUCGACAAUGACGUAGCAAAAUCCACGGUUCAGGGCGAGCUGGCCAUUAUGCUCUAUCUCGAUUCAGUGCACGGGCCCGGAAAGAAGGGAGCGGCAGACAGAGCGCAAGCCGAUGUUGCGAGAACCCUUACACGUUUCCAGGAUGGUCUUGCGCUACUCAACAAGUGGCGGGGGCUCGAGAAGGACAGCAAGUCAGGGAAAGCCGACCUCGCACCCUUGAAGAGAGAGCUCGCCACCUGGGAGGGAUACGCAGGCGAGGCCGACUUCAUUGCAGGCUCGAGCAUGUCGCUAGCCGACUUUGCCGAUGCCACCACUGAAACUCUAGAAGCGACCAAGAAGCUGAAGGUGUACUACGAGAGAAUCAGGUCCACAGAGUCUGCCACCAAGGUUCUUGAUGCAGCCCAACCUGAUGCCGCUGAGACGGUCUCGGCGGAUCCAAAGACUGAAGACGUGAUUGAGGCAUCGAAGCCGAGCGAGAGUCCCUCAGGCAAGAAGUCGCAGAAAGACUGA